AUGUCAUUUAUGUCUCCUCCUGGCUGGUCUUCACCGGUAUUCAAGAAACCACGGCUCAUGGCUCGAGUGCGAGGCUUGGUUCUACUUUUGAAUUUAUUCGUUGCAUGGUGUCUGAGCAUUCCGAAUUUGAUCAAAUACAAGCUGGUUGAAAUCCCGUUUGAUCACACACCCAACCCGAUUGUGUAUGGUCAGGUUAGACAAACUCAAAGCUACCGAGCUCAUACCCAUUUGUACCAGCUUGUUCAACUAUGCGCGGGUGCAAUCUUGUGGAUUCUGCUAACCGUCAGCUUUAUGGCUUUGUUUGUUCGUAUUGUUUUGAACAAAUUCUCACACCCGGUACACACUUCAACCAGAUCCGGACAGUCGUCUUAUGUUUACUUCGUAUCCAGAUGGCUAAAAAUGGAACAACAAUUGACUCUAGCACUGGGCGUUUUAUGGGUUUUGAAUGUUUCCGCCGAUCUUACCGCAUUUUUUCUCGAUUAUUUUCAUGUGGUUAUUGAUCGAGCGCGUUUGUUUGUGGCCCUAGAAUUUAUUAAUCUUUACCUUGCUGCGUUGAGAGUGAUCGCUUGUUUCUUAUUUGGGGCCUAUCCACGUCGAUUGUUGACAAACAUUCACCGUUUUUGGCUGUUUCCCGAUCGGAAUCACGGACCCGAUGGAUUCCAGUCUGGUUUUCCAUUUGUCGAUGCACACGGUGAUUCUUAUUUGCCAAUGACGGAAUCGAAGAUUUCAUUCAGUGGCAGUCUUGUUCCUAUGAUGCUGAAAAGAAAUCGAUCUUCUUUUGGGGGCUCUAUCAUCCAAGGAACGUCCGGUGUAAGUACGUUUCCCAAUGGAAAAACUGCAUCAGAUAUCCCCGGACCGAGCAGCAAUGACUGA